CUCGAAACUGCUACGAUUGGAAUGCAAGAAUUUGUGAAGGUGACUGGCUCUAUGCAAAAAGAAACAGUCAAAGUUAGCACAACGGAAGAAUGCUUGACAAAAUCUGGAGAACGAAAAUCUACAGGAAAAGGCAAAGAAUCGAGUAAAAGUUUAAAGAUGCUCCCAGAGAGCUCAUCGACUUCUACGGCUAUGGAAAGUGUCAGCACAAAAGAGACGCUAAAGUUUGUCUUUUCACGACCAAGUGGACAGAAAGAAUUUACUUCGCUCACACAUUCAGAUGCAGCAUAUCCGACAGCUCAAACCGUAAGUGGAAAAUCGGAAACACCCGGAGCGGGAAGCGCAAAAGCUGAAGGAAAAGCUACCAGCUCUCAGGAUGAGAAGAAAAAGAAACAUAAAAAGGAGAAAGAACGAGGAAAGCAUCACGGAAGAGAGCACAAACGGAAGGAUAAAAAGAAGGAUAAGGAACACAAAAAGGAUAAAACGAAGAAGGAUGAGAAUCGUGAAAUGCCUGAAACAGGAAAGCAUACCACAAAACGUUCACGUAAGCGUUCUGGUAAGUUUAACAGGUCUUUUUUUUACAUAGUGAAGACUAUGGUGCAUUAA